AUGGCAUGUUGCAAAAAUGGACCUCCCAAACAUCCUUCCGAUUUCGAUGUUGCAAACUUGCACCUUGAGCUUGAAGGGGUAGCUAGCCUGGAUAAAAUACGAUCAAUCGUACUAGGAAACCUUACGCAAACACAGUUAGCAGACCCACUAGAUGUUCAAAUCACGUUGACGGUUGCUCUAAGAGUCGUCGAUCUCGCGUGUACAUCAAUUGAUCAGCUACUUCAAGAUGAUCCCACCGGAGCCGCCUUCCAAGACACCGGUAUCUAUCGUUCAUGUCGGCAUAGUAAACAGUCCCAAAACUCUGGCCUCAGACUGGGUGAGCUCACGCCAAUGAUCGAUGUUGCUACAACGUAUCUACAGUCUAUCGAUGCUUUCAGUGACUUCGAAGACACGGUUGUUGAGCUACUGUCGCCAUCCUCUUUCAUCAACGAGAACGAUGAUCUUGUCAUACAUCGAUGUUUGCUGGUAACGCAUGCCUUGUCAGAGGUUUAUAUUAGGGCCAUACAGAAUCAACUCCCAUCGACCGAGUACUCAAGUGCAAAAGCAACACCAAUUUAUCCCAAAGGCGACCUGAAGCAAGCAAUUUUACAAACCGUACAGAGCCCUAUCUUGGGCCACCAUCAAAUCAUAACGUUGAACGCAGCAACCUGUACAGAUUCCCAAAUGGAUCCAAAAGUGGCAUUUAUCUCUUACAAAACAAAUCUCUGCUGGCUCAACGACUGGGCGACAGCCAAUCGUGGAGAUGGGGAUGUCAUCACCGCACUAGACUUGAAGACUCCUGAAUUUCCCGUAAGCGAGUGGCCUUAUGCUUGGGCACGCCGAAAUGAGAUUGGAAACCAUCUUACUUGUUAUCUCGCUCGCCUGGAUUCAACCACGAAAAACUGCAGCGGCGCAUUUCUUACCCAUACCGGAGUUCUGUGCAAUACGACCGCCAAGCUACGAAAGGUGAUCUCAGCCAGUGUGAGCUAUGAUUCCUACGGCAUAUGGCCUACUCCCCAAAUUUUGUCUGCGGCUGACUAUCCUGUGGUUAUUUGUGCCAAAAUUGGAGCCAUGGUUCGUGGCUGGGCUGUCGAUCAUGAUACCGAAGCCUGCAUUGGUGAACACAACUUGUUCAACUGGCUUUGCCGGGAUUGUUCAAAGACGGCCACGCGCGAGUCACUGAGCAUUUCGAAUGCGGUAGCAAAACGUGCCAGUUGGAUCAUGCGUCUCGCUUGGGGAGCAGAGAGCUACUUCUAUUUCGGCAUUCGCCAUUGUAGCUUCACACGAAGAGUCGAUAAUCUAUCAGCAUCAUAUCCUCUGGAACACGUUUCCCUCCGAUCGAUCGUUCCAUACUGCAUACCAAUAAAAGCGGGUGAUAGUGUAUCUGAAAUGGUGAUUAAGCUUCUCGCAUUGUGCGGCUCAGAACCUUAUAAAGAUAGCUUUAUUGAGCUCGGAGAAGGAGAGUGGAGCUGUGGGCUGAGAAUUUGCGCGGAAUGCGAGUUCGCUGGUCACAGAGCACAAGCAUUUAUGGUUUCUGUAGGUGUCACAAGACUAGCCGUUCGUCUCCAAGAAAACGAUCGAGCUAAGUUCGUUCACCUUCUAGAAACUUAUGGCUUCCGACUCUUUCCUGCAUUCCAAUCUCGAACGCUCGUCCAAUGUGACUGUUUGCCGGAGUGGAUGGCAGACGUUUUGAGCCAUGGAUAUGAAGAAGCUGGUCUCAGUUGUGGUGUAUCUGAGUGCUCGAUCAAAUAUCAAUCUCGCACAACUCAUCUGUUGCCCGAUGCGGCAGAAGCUGCAGAGUACGAUGGUAUACUACUAAGGAAGGUAUUGCUGGAGCAAACUCUAAUCGAGGCAGCUGGAUAUGCGAAGGAUUCGGGGAGAAUGGAAUGGUUCGAUAUGGUUUCGAACCCCUUCUAA